CCCCAUAAUCACAUUUUAUUUGCUUAUAGCAUAAACUGACAUUUUGACUGCGAAAAAAUAUUUCAAAAUAAUACCGUAAGUUAUGCAGUUGUCUUCUGCUUCAAGUUAUAGAAACAUGUUAAUUUUACUGUUAACUUGUAUGGUAGUUAAGUUAACCAUUGGAGAUAGCUUUAACUCAACUGUGCGAUUAGUAUCGUACAAUACGGGGCUAACCACGAGGGUGGGGCAAUAUGACGUGAGGAGGGAGAAAGUAGGUCAAGCUAUUAAAGACCUCAAGGCGGAUGUAGUUUGUCUUCAAGAGGUAUGGCUUUCAGGAGAUAUUGAGAGAAUUUUGAAAUCAGCGGGAAAAGUAUACCCAUAUUCUUACAGUGGCCUACAUCGUGAGAUAGGUGUUUUAGAAGAUAUACCUUGGAUGAAGGCCCCGUGCAUGUCGACGUCAUUUCUUACGUCAUUUUUGCCUUGUAUCGAGACAAGGUGCGGUCAUACCAAAGGCACCGUUGAUUAUUUGACAUGUGCACGAGAAAAGUGCAAAAUGCUCGAGAAACUGGAACAGGAAUGUGUAACAUGUUUGAUCCUGUCUGGCGUCAAAGAAGUGGCUAGUAGCUGCGUAGAAAAUGUUAAAAACCGAUUCAACAUACCUGGUGUAUUAUUGCUGAGUUCUCGACCAUUAAAUCGUGUACAUAUUACAAGAUUUGUGCAGGACAAGAAGUUGUUCAUUCCAAGAGCAUAUAUCAGUGCUGAGAUUGAGGGAGUAGGCACAGUAGCCUGUACACAUACCAGUGCGGAUCUAAGUUACUCUUACUUCGAAGACCUAAAAUUUACAAGUUGGGAAGAACAGAAUUUAGAUGAAGCGCGAGUUUUAUUGAAGUCACAACAGCACGUGCACCGUGCAGUGAUUAUGGGUGACCUUAAUGGUGGUCCCAAGGUGGCAGAUUUCAAUGUCUCGUCAGAUUUCAACGCUGCCUACGACUAUAUAACUUCACGUGGUUAUACACCUUCCUAUGUUGACAAGUCUGGUAUAUGUACUUGGUGUAAAUAUAACCCUCUAUCAUUGGCUUCCAAAAACAUUAUCCUGGACCACAUCCUUGUCAAAAAUUUCAAUGUGAUAGGUACAAGGAGGGUGUUUGAUGACGUCAUCAAGGACAGGGAUUUCCCGUUGUCAGACCAUUUUGGAGUAGAGGCAGUGAUUCAGUUACCAUAGAUGUAAAAUGUCAUUUAAUUUGACAUAGUAUUUGUUCAAUGACCAUAUUCAAAAAGAUCAUAAGCCC